GCACAUUAAAUCGUUGGCGAUGAAGGAAGCUUAAUAUCAGUAACUACCGACAUAUAUCGAUAGUAGCAAAUAAAGUGAUACAUAUUGUAUUUCGACCGUGCUAAAAUAUAAAGUAUAAACCAUUACAGUGUUAAAUAAACGCCAGAAGCUAAUUUGGAGACUUGAAACAGAUUAUUAAUUACAAGCCUACUUACCUCUUGUGCCGUUCCCGUUGGCUUUGUUCUUGGAUUAGCAUAAACUUCUAUCUUGUAUGAGCAGCUUGGAUGAAUAUACAUCUCUGGUACAUCAAUUGAUAACUUAUUUUGUGGUUUUCAAAUGGCCUCGGCUGCGAUGACCCCGGCUGAAGAUGACGAGUUAACACUUCCUCGUGCAUCCAUUAAUAAGAUGAUCAAGGAAAUACUACCACAUGUACGCGUUGCUAAUGAGUCACGGGAAUUAAUCUUAAAUUGUUGUACAGAGUUCAUCCAUUUGUUGUCUUCUGAAGCUAAUGAAAUAUGUAAUCAACAACAAAAAAAGACAAUAAAUGCAGAGCAUAUUUUGCAAGCACUUGAAAAACUUGGUUUCGGCGAUUACAGUGCAGAAGCAGAAGCUGUUUUAAGAGAUUGUAAAGCAGUAGCAGCUAAGAGAAGACGUCAGAGCACUAGGUUAGAAAAUUUAGGAAUUCCAGAAGAGGAAUUAUUGAGACAACAACAAGAACUCUUUGCAAAAGCAAGAGAAGAACAAGCUGUUGCUGAACAACAACAAUGGCAACAAUUACAAGCAGUUGCACAAAUGACAUCAAUGCAACAAACUGAUAGCGAACAAGAAGAUUAUUCAUAAGAUACAAUACAGAAAUUAUUCAAUUGAUUAUAUGUGAAGUUUUCCCACAAUUUAUUAUAUUAAGAAAUAUAAAAAGGAAAAUAGGAGAUCUUAUUUUUAAUAAAAAUAAUAAAUGUAUAAUGGCAUUUUUCAAGUACCUUCAAUUCUGUGAUUUAUUUUCAAUAUGGAUUGAAAUAUAUAAUUUAUAUAAGUAGUACAAAUUAUACUAUUAAUAGUGCAAAAUAAAAAUGUAUUCUUACUAUUACAUUACUUUUAUCAUAAAUCUUCUGUUGUUAUGAAUAUAUCAUUACAUUUUAUGGCAUUAAUCUUCCAUAUUCUGAUGACAAAUGACUUUUCUUUAUUGCCUCCAUGACUUUUGAAACAUAGUGAUACCUAAAUACAAAUAUUAAUGUAUUACAUAUUCUAUGUUUUAUUAAAUCAAUAUAUUAUGGAAACUUAUAUAGAUUUUUCAUAUAAUUUGUCUUUUCUAUAAAUUUAUUUACCAAUUUUUUUCUGUUAAUGUAGAUGGUGUCAUCGGAUGCCUUGAUACCCCAUGUAUUUUCAUUCUUAGUUGUUCAAUCAGUCUUUUCUCAUUUUCUUGCACAUUGUAUUCAUCUACGAUUAUGAUAUAUGAUAUAAUAGAUACAAAAUAAAUAUUCAUAUCAAACUAA